AUGUCAGCACGCGGAAAGCAGGGAGGUAAAGCUCGUGCCAAGGCUAAGUCGCGCUCAUCCCGCGCUGGUCUCCAGUUCCCAGUGGGCCGAGUGCAUCGCCUGCUGCGCAAAGGCAACUACGCCGAGCGCGUGGGGGCUGGCGCGCCGGUCUACAUGGCGGCCGUGCUGGAGUACUUGACCGCCGAGAUCCUGGAGCUGGCGGGUAACGCCGCCCGAGACAACAAGAAGACGCGUAUCAUCCCUCGCCAUUUGCAACUAGCUGUGAGGAAUGACGAAGAGCUCAACAAGUUACUUGGAGGUGUUACCAUUGCCCAGGGCGGCGUCUUGCCCAAUAUCCAGGCUGUCUUGUUGCCCAAGAAAACGGAGAGUCAUAAGCCUGGCAAGAACAAGUAACUGGGCCUGACACCACACCAGCCCC